AUGUCGAUUCGCACGCUCAGGAUCGGCCUCAUCCCCGGUGACGGCAUCGGCAAGGAGGUCAUCCCCGCCGGCCGCCGCAUCCUCGAAGCCCUCCCCUCCUACCUCGGCCUCAAGUUCGAGUUUACCGACCUCCACGCUGGCUUCGAGACGUUUGAGCGCACCGGCGCCGCUCUCCCCGACAAGACGGUCGAGAUCCUGCGCAACGAGUGCGACGGUGCCCUCUUCGGCGCCGUCUCCUCCCCCUCGUCUCCCGUCAAGGGCUACUCGUCGCCCAUUGUCGCCCUGCGGAAGAAGCUCGACCUCUACGCCAACGUCCGCCCCGUGAAGACGGUCCUCUCGGCCGCCAAGCCCAUCGACAUGGUCAUUGUCCGCGAGAACACCGAGGACCUCUACGUCAAGGAGGAGACGACCCGCGACACCCCCGACGGCAAGGUCGCCGAGGCCAUCAAGCGCAUCUCCGAGCGCGCCUCGCACCGCAUCGCCACCAUGGCCGGCGACAUUGCCCUGCGCCGCCAAAAGAUCCGCGCCGCUGGCGCCCCCUCUAUCCACCAGAGCCCCCUCGUCACCAUCACCCACAAGUCCAACGUCCUCCUAAGGCUUAAGAAUGUCAUCGUCGACCCCAACCUUUACGGCGACAUUCUCUCCGACGACGCCGCCGCCCUCGUUGGCUCCCUCGGCCUCGUCCCCAGCGCCAACGUCGGCGAGGGCUUCGCCAUCGGCGAGCCCUGCCACGGCAGCGCCCCCGACAUCAUGGGCCAGAACAUUGCCAACCCCAUCGCCACCCUGCGCAGCGCCGCCCUCAUGCUCGAGUUCCUCGACGAGGAGGCUGCCGCCGCCAAGAUUUACGCCGCCGUCGACGCCAACCUGACCGAGGGCAAGCUGCUGAGCCCUGACCUUGGCGGCACUGCCAAGACGACCGAGGUCAUCGAGGAUAUCCUGAGGAGGCUGUAG